AGCUUUCAAUAAUUUUAAAAGAAUUUCCUGAUAUUGUAUAUCGAUAUGCGAGCAAAUUUAUUAAUACGCAUGAAAUUGCUCAACAAUAUAAAGAAAGAAAUAACCAGCUUGACAUAUAUGGUAUUGGCUCCAUUCCUAUUGCUAGUGUUGAAAUUCCAUUUAACGUAACG